AGUGUCAACUGUUGCCGUCCACUUUAGGGCUGCUCGUCAAGGCGGCAAAGAAGCCUCAGGGAUCCUCCGUGCGCUGUACCUACAUAUUAUGGCCGCGACAACUUGAGCCGCCGCCCCAUCUUGUCCUACGAUCUUUUUGCGCCGCAUGGAAGUGGCGGACACACAAUCGUUGCAAGGUACUUAUGGCUGGAGUCUUUGGUUUUGAUAAUAAAUCUAUCCCAUAUUCUGUAAUAGAAGAGACCGGUAGGAUCUAUUACAUUGGCUAUCUAGACAAACGUGCUGACGAGGGCACAGAUGGAUCGGACGCACGAGAACCACCACGAACGAACGAUCCGUCGCUGUCAGGAGGCCUACGAAGAGCACCAUCAAAUAAGUCUGAGACGAGAUCAUUGUUCAGUUUCGCCCGAUGGCCAAGCGGGAUAAGCAGGUAUCGAGCGCGAACGUCGUCCGUCGACAAUGGCCUGGCUUCACCAGUCAGCACCGAGGCUGCUAGUGAUGAUGGAAGUCGACGAUCGAUAUGGAGUCCAACAGUCAAAAUGUCCCCUUUCUUCAUGGCGCGGUUCAGCUCAGCACGAGAGGUUCGGUUCGCACGUGUUAUGGGAGCACGUACUGUGACUUCACACAGUCGUAGAUCAGACCAAAACGAGGACGCAGACGUCACCCUACCUACGAUUGAGCCAGGACCGACGGUGACAGCACCCAUAUCUCGGACGGAACGUCGGUCCCAGUUUGAAGAGAAGCACGAGCAUUCCGCCCGUCGGAGUGCGUUCCCUCCGUCAACAACACCAAGCGAUCCACUUGUGCCUCAGAUUCUAUUGCCUUAUGGACAGCACUAUCGCAUGUGGAACUCGAAAUGGUUGCGUCGAAGAAUGAUAUGGGGCUUUUUUCUCUUUUUUACUUUUUCUUUCAUCGUCGUCAUGGUACUCUAUGGGUUGUCUAAUUCGAAUCAAGGCAUCAGUACACCAUCGUGGAGCGCCUAUUACGGCUGGACUAUUGGACCAGCACUAAUAUUCGUAAUCGUAACUUCAUUCUGGAGACUAGUUGAUCUGGACUGCAGAAUAUUGGCGCCAUGGGAAGACAUGAGACAAGGAUCUUCGCCUGCAGCGAGGUCAUUGCUUGCCGAUUACACUUCACCGAUCCUCCCGGUAGUCUUCUGGAGGGCUGUCAAGAACCACCACUGGGCCGUGGUCUUUUCAAGUCUCGUACACGCCCUACUGACUUUGACGACGGUCUUCUCAACUGGGCUAUUCAUGUUAGAACCAACACGCAUGUCCACGAUCCCUGGCUCGCCAGAACAAACCGUCAAUCGACUACAAGUAAAACGCCUCUCGGUUGGAUUAAUAGGGACAUCACUUCUGGUAAUGGCCAUAUCGAGCGCCUUGCUUGCCAUAUUUCGGCCGCGCGAAGCUGUCUCAUGCGACCCUAAUUCUAUUGGAGCCAUUGCAUGUCUGCUCGCCAGCAGCCCUGCCGUCAAAAGCCGUCUUUCCGGUCUGUCAGCAUGCGGACCUAGAGAGUUCUACAACGAAUUGAGGUUUGACUCGUACCGUUGCAAGAGCAACGGCAACGACGUUCCCGAAUUCGAAGUCUAUCCUACACAAAGGUCCUCGAAAGAGACGUACAAGUCGAGAUUUCAGCAUGAGGUAGUGUGGUGGAGGCCAAGCGCUUUCUACCUAGCAAACACAUUAAUCACCAUUAUUGCCCCUAUAAUCAUAAUCGCGAUACUCGAAGGUGUACAACGAGUAAGCGAUUCGAAGGGUGGGAUUGUUAACAUCAAUUCGUCCAGCGAGGCUCACGUAUUUGCGGCAUACAUCCCUGUACUGCUGAUGGUGGCGAUUCUAGGCCUCUUCUCGAGUUUAGACUUUGGUGUGUCCGUCACAUCUCCAUUCAUUUCACUGAAGUCCCAGGCGAGUGCUCGUGCCAGCAACACGAUCAUGGUCGACUUGAUCGCGCGUUUCCGCCCCGCCAGCCUGUUCAAAUCAAUAAGGAACAGGAACUUUGUCCACGUGCUUUCAGUCACCUGCGUUGUGCUAGCGAGUUGGCUCUCACUCGCCGCAUCUGGUCUAUACAGUGCACGCACGGUGAAUGACGGUCUAGAAACGCAGUCUAUCACAAUGGCGGACAGCUUCAACUUAUCAUUGACCGGCAGCAUCUCGCAGGACGAUAAAGGUGCGGGUCAAAGGACAGCUGCCCUACUCUCUGAUAACUCUACUUUCUCUAGGUGGACUUAUGGAAAUCUUGCCUUUCCGAGGCUGGAGGAGCAGCUACAAAGACGUUCUGAAAUGUCUGGAGUCGCGAACGUCCAGGUGCCGGCCACACGUGCCGCCCUCAACUGCACCAAGAUCCCUAUGGACCAGAUAAGCGUUGAGUUUUCGACUUCACUUCUAAUCAACACCACUCUUCCCUGGAUGUGCGAUACUCCCGCGUCGGCACAAAUGGAAUCCUGGGUACAAGAGUUCUGGUUCAACCCGCCUCCAGAAGGCUCGAAGCUGUAUUUUGGCAACGCUGACCAGAUGUUCUGGAACAGUAGUGGCACGGUCCUGAGUACGGGAGUAGACCUGAACUACUACUUCGAUCCUACAUGGGGCUGUCCCAGCUUCGCAUUGACUCUUGGAACGAUCAAUUUCCAGCCCAACCGGACAACAGGAGCACUGAGCGCUUCCGUCGAGGACCUGAGCAUAGCAGUGUGCUCGCAACACAUCGAGACCGUCGAGACCGACGUCGAACUCGACCUCUCCACCAUGACUAUCAACACCCAUCCCAACCCUCCAAAGGCCCACGAAGACACCGUCACCACACUCUCAAGCAACACCUCUCCACCAUCCCAAAACUUCGGCUACCCCGUAAACACCCUCCUCUCCGCCCUCGAAGACGCCAACAACACAACGAACCGCGCUCUCUCACCAUUCUUCCGCGCCCUCGAAUGGCGCCACAACGGCGCCCACCUCGCCUCCUACACAGGCGCCGCAAACUCAGACAAACUCAUCGCCGCCGCAAACACCAUCUACUCGCUCUUCAUCGCCCAGCUCCUCGACGCAAACGCCCGCGUCCCCUGGACGCCCUCUCCCGCCCCUCUCCAUCCCCGCACCACACACACAAACCAAACACUCCCCAUCCAACUCCCAAGCCUCAACGAACCCACACAUCUCCGCAUAGCACAGAACCGCGGCCCCAAAAUCACCCUCCAAGUCAUCCUCGCCCUCCUCUCCGCCCUCGCCCUCACAAUCUACGCCCUCACCUACUCCGCCGUGAAAACCCUCCUGCCGCGCGCCCCGACCAGCAUCGCCGGCCUGGCAAGCCUGCUCGCAGACAGCAGAUUCGCGAGCCGCGACUUCAUCCCAGCGGGAAGCGAGUGGUGCUCCAACGCACGCCGCCGCGCAGAUGGCGUCUUCGACACGCACACAUUCAGUCUGGGCUGGUGGGACGCCGCUGAUGUGCGUUCUGCUUCUGGCCCUGCCGCUGUCUCUGCCGCACCAAACCCGCACAUAGAUACGCACCCGCACGACGAGCCCGCACCCUCGUCACCCCGUACUCCCGCCUCCCCCUGGACACACAUCCCCACGCUCCUCGCGCGCCUACCUAGCAUCCGGCCCAGCAGCCCGUUCCGACCCUUUGGCGGCGCAACAACAACGACCACUCGCAGCAGCCAAGGCAGCGACCCAGACACCACGACAACCAGCCUGCUACGCGCCAGCUACCCGGCACCUACCCACGACGACGACGACGAUAACCCCACGGCCGCAGACGAGCACCACACCAUCCGCCUCGUGCAUUCCUCCUCCUGGGUCGUCGAUAGAGACGACGAUGUAGAUGUAGACGCAGAAAACAACAUAUACGAAGAAGGCGAAGAAGGCGAAGGAGGCGUGGAAGGAGACGGCCCCGCAAUCCUACCCGACGACCGGAUCGAGCCGCAUCCGGGGCUGGACAGGCGGUUGACGGAGCCGUUUCUGAAUGAUAUUGCAAAGAGCGAGGAGGCGGGCGGGUAUAUGGCUGUUGGCGGGCCUGCGCUUGUGUCUGUGCCGACGGGGGUUCCGGCGACGGAAGCGCAGCCGGAGCAGGAACCGCGACCUGAACUGGAACCACAGCUGGAGCCGGAGCCGGAGCCGGAGUCAGAGUUGCAACCUGAACCACGACCGGAACCGCAACAUGAACCUGAACCGCAACCUGAACCGCAACUUGAACCGGAAACACAGCCGGAACCACGACCGGGACUACAGCCGGAACCACAACCUAACCCCAAACCCAGUCCCCUUCCCAAACCACGAUCCCAUCCACAACCCAAACCCCAUCCCUACAUACCAGGCAUAAGAAGACGAUACGGCGUUGACAUCGGCGUUGCGGCGCAGACGGCGGGUGUCAAGGUGCGGUAUGUGCGGACUCCAGAGGGGGGGGGGAGGGGUGUAGGGGCACGGGAGUGAGUUAGUAAUUUAGUUGAUGCGGAUUGGCGAUGCGUGAGGAGGUCAAGAUACCAAGGGGUGGGAGUCAUGAAAGGGGCACCACGUGUCAAUACCACGAGUCUUUUCUGUAUAUAGCAUUGCGAGGGGCGUUAUUCUUUUGUAUGUGUGCGGUCCACGGGCCGUUCGAACUUUUCAUAGUCAGAUAUUCGCAAUACCAGGCAGGUCGUGAUACCUUCCCCCUCCCCCUCCCAAGAACACGACUGCGCUACUCUGAGACUCUGAGAUGAUUCUUCAUCGCUUGGGCCCUGAGCGCCUUUGUCAAUUCGUGGUAUUGCUGAUCUACAG